UUUUAUAGCCAUGUCGCAUUUUUUUUUGUCAUGUGGCAAAAUUGAUUUUGCCAUGUGACAUUUUUUGCCGUGUGGCAAAAUGGAUUUUGCCAUGUGACAUUUUUUUUGCCAUGUGGCAAAAUUGAUUUUGCCAUGUGGCAAAAUGGAUUUUGCCAUGUGACAUUUUUUUUGCCAUGUGGCAAAAUGGAUUUUGCGAUGUAGCAUUUUUUUCUUUACCCUGUGACAUUGUUUUUUCUAUGUGGCAAAACUGAUUUUGCCAUGUGGCUUUUUUUCUGCCAUGUGGCCAAAAUGGAUUUUGGUUUGUUUGUUUGUCUGCCAUUUAAUAUGAAUGGAAAAUUUGGACAUGCAUACCUUUCAAUGGCAUAGCCUGAAUUGAGUGCCGGUAGAGUGUCAAUGCCCUGUAAUGUAAAGUGUAUGGUCAAAAAUCACAGCAACACAUGUUUUUCUUCCAUUUAAUAUGAAAAAUUUGGACAUGCAUAGCCGUCAAUGGCAUGGCCUGACUCAGGUGCCAGGUGAAUGUCAGUGCACUGUAGUGGUAAGUCUGGUCAAAAAUCACAGCCACAUGUUUUUCUGCCAUUUAAAAUGAAUGGAAAUUUUGGACCUGCAUAGCCAUCAAUGGCGUGGAUGUGCGUGGCCUUCAAAAAUGCCAUUUUCCGGAAAAAAAAAAAAAAAAAAAGCCACAAACCAAAUCCAUUUUGCCACAUGGCAAAAUCAAUAUAUAUACCAGUAGAUGUGUAUAUGAAUACAGCAUGAUUAAAAAAGAAUGUGCCAAAACCAUUGCGGUAUAUUAAAAAUAAAAAACAAUAACUAUAGCUGGAUACAAGUAUUAGUAUUAGGGCUGUCAAACGAUUAAAAAUUUUAAUCGAGUUAAUUACAGCUUAAAAAUUAAUUAAUCGUAAUUAAUCGCAAUUCAAACCAUCUAUAUAAUAUGCCAUAUUUUUCUGUAAAUUAUUGUUGGAAUGGAAAGAUAAGACGCAAGAUGGAUAUAUAUAUAUUCAGCAUGCGGUACUUAAGGACUGUGUUUGUUUAUUAAAACAAUAAAUCAACAAGAUGGCAUUAACAUUAUUAACAUUCUGUUAAAGUGAUCCAUGGAUAGAAAGACUUGUAGUUCUUUAUGAAAAAUGUUAGUACAAGUUAUAGAAAUUUUAUAUUAAAACCCCUCUUAAUGUUUUCGUUUUAAUAAAAUUUGUAAAAUUUUCAAUCAAAAAAUAAACUUGUAGGCCGCCAUUGUAGAUGGCAAUAAUUACUUACACUAUAAAAUCAGUCGCACCCAAGCGCCAGCAGAGGGCAGCAAAACUCCGCAAAACACAAUUAACAAGUGGGCCUUUCAUUCCUCUGUCAUUUAAAUCUGUCUGAGCUGGGCCAAGUGCGUUAAUUGCGUCAAUUUUUUUAACGGGAUUAUUUAAAAAAAUUAACGCCCGUUAACGCGAUAAUUUUGACAGCCCUAAUUAGUAUAUAACUUUUUUUUUUUAUUGCAUGCUUUACAAGUGCUCAAUGUGACCACCAGCAGCAGCACGACAACAUCAAGCUGAUAUGACUUUUCAUUUGUAAUCGUGCGUUUGAAAAAUUGACGGUGUCAAAGGACUUUUGCGCAAUCUCUGUUAUUAAUGUGUUAACUGACAGCACUAAUAUAUCACAUUUUUGCAUCGGGAGAAAAUACUUUUACUUUUUACUUGUGAAGUCAAUUUUAAAGCAAGUACGCUACUUUUGUAAUUUUACUUCAGUCAUUGUUUUGCCCUUGGAUUUGUACUUAAGUUAUAAAAAAAAAAAGUGAGUACUGUACUUCAUCCACCACUUGUUGGGAAUCCUUGAUUCCAAGUCAUAGGAGACACGUGUGAGGAAUUUGUCGUCUACAACAACAAACGCGUAGAAAGGUGGGCAAAAAAAAAAAAAAGUCCUAAACGGCAGGUGUCCUCUAUUAUAAGAAGCUCCUUGACCCGGGAGACAGAAGGAGGCUUUGUUUUGGGCUUUGCUGGUGGUCCAGCAUAGCUGUCUGUCUCUCCAAAUACUUAUUUUAUGCCCCAGGCCACAUUAUGUCUGGUAUGCACAAUUCAUUCAUAAAUAAUGGAUUAGCAAAUGAAUUAUAGUCCAGUGAUCAUUUUACAUUUAAAAAAAUAAGUAAAAGCUCUUAAGUUAUUGGCUGCCAUUGAUAGCGCCAGAUGUCCAAUCCAUGAAUUGAUUGAGUCAAAUUGGAUUCGACGUCUAUUGCCGUCAAUGGCAGUGAAACAUAAUCACUCAGUGAGAACCAUGGUAUGUCAGUGGCAGUGAAUGAGUUAAACGCAAAAUAUUUUUAUUGUAUUUUUUUUAUUAUAAUUGUUUUUGGGGUUUUUUAUCUGUUUUUAUCACUUUAUAAUUUUUAAAAAUGGGGGGAUUAAACAUUCUUUCAUGGUAUUUUAAUGAAAAAUAUGCAAUAAUAAUAAUUUCAUAAAAACAAAGGGAAAAAAAUUAUUCAUUUUGUAAUUUUAAUUUUUAAAUUCAAUUCAAUUCAAUUCAAUUUUAUUUGUAUAGCCCUCAAUCACAACAGAGGUCUCAAAGGACUUUACAGAGGCAAUAUGAUACACAAUUAGAAAUGAAGCAACAAAGAUGAAUAGAUACAGUUCAAGUCCUGGGUAUCCCCUAUCCUUAAGACCCUCCAUGCCGGCAAGGAAAAACUCCAAAAACUCCAGAGUCAAUUGGGAGAAAAAUGAGAAACCUUGGGGAGUACCACAGUCAGGAGAGAUCCACUCCCAGGACGGAUAGACAGGAACCCCAGAACGGCUAAUGGAAAUUAGCAAGCGAAAUUAUAGUCCGUAAAAAUUUGAUUUUAAUUAAAUUUAAAAAUUAUUUUUUAUUGAAAUAAAGAAUAUUUGGAAAUAAAGUUAAAAUUCCAAAUGAAACGUUUUAAAAUGUUUCAUUUAAAAAUAAAAUAAAUAAUAACUAUAAAUAAAAUACAGGAAAUUAUUUUGAAAUAUGUUCAUAUUAUGAUUUUUUUUUUUACAUAGUUUCAUAGUUUACAUUUGCAUUUAUUUAGAUUUUCAUCAAAAAAUUGAGCAAACAUUAAAAACAAUUUUUUGAUUAAUUUUUGGGAUUUUUUUUAUGUAUUUAAAAACAAUAAGGAAAAAUGUAAAUGUUUUAAAAAUUAUAUUUGUUUUAAUUUUGUAUUAUUAUACAAAUGAUUAUUUAUUACUACUUUAUGACCAAAAAAAAAAAAAAAGGUAUUUAUUAUAGAAAUAAAGAUAAUCCCCCAAAGGAAGAAAAAAAAAAGUACAUUAUACUGUAUAUAUACAAAAAAAAUAAAAACUUAUUAUGGAAAAGUUUUUUUUCUCUUCAUAUGUCAUCCAAAUGAUUAUUUAUUACUACUAUAUGACCAAACAAAAAAAAGUUUUUAAGGAAAUGAAAUUUAGGUAUUUAUUAUAGAAAUAAAGAUAAUCCACCGAAGGAAGAAAAAAAAAGUACAUUAUACUGUAUAUAUAAAAAAAAUAAAAAAACUUAUUAUGGAAAAGUUUUUUUUCUCUUCAUAUGUCAUGCAAAAGUUUGGGCACCCCAGGAUAUGUACAGUUGAUACAAACUACAGAUAUACAGUACAAAUAUUUGCAUGUGUUAAGAAUAUCAAAUCCUCACCUUACUACGCAUGCGCACAAUCACGCACACACGCGCAUUUAGUGCAAGCCUUCUCACCCGAGCGCGCGCACGUGAGUUCGGAGCCGCGUCAAUGUUCUCCUGGAGCUCCUGGCUACGGCGGACAGGUAAGACGCCGAACCAAUGACGUCACAACAUUCGGGAACAUUCCAAGCGCUGCAAGACUGCUUGAUCGAUCGCGAUAUUCAACUUUUCUCUCUGGACGUCAAAGCCAAGCAGUGAAUUAACCCUUAAAUGCUUUUUUUUAGUUGACAUUGAACUCAUUUCCGGCCAUUAACAACAAUAGACAUCCAAUUUAUUGAAUCCUUUAUUGCGGGAAUGAUGAUUUUAUUUUUUUUAAAUAUAGGACAGUGUCUCAAACGUGUGGCCCAGGGGCCAAUGGCUGCCCACGGGACAUUUUUGACAUCCAAUGGUGUUACAUUUUCCAAAGGGCAUAAUGAUAAACAAUAAACUGAAAAAACUAGGACGAAUAAAGACAUUAAUUCCAUAAAGUGUGGCAUGUAUUUUUUUUCAACAGAAAUUUAAGUUUAAAAUUUUUUGCUUUGUUUUAUAAAUCUUUCGUGACGACUCUUUGUCUGCCAUUGACGGCAAUAGGUGUCCAAUCCAUUUCAACAGUCUUGGUUAAAAUCAAAGUGUCAUCCAUUGCCGUCAAUAUGUAAUUUCAAUACCAUCUUUCCUCUUUUACUAACCACCACACAUACUCUGUCCCUGGGAGGACCUUCAUUCAAUAGCCGUCGUAAAAUAUUAAGCGCUAGCGACCACGUGUCCGGUGACAGUUGAGAAAAGAGGCCUGGCAGGCUUUAAAUGAUCAUGUUUCAGUGCCAUUGACGGUGAUACACGUCUAAUCCAUUUUGUUUGUGACAGGGGAUGUUGUGGCUAAUGACGGCGUUGCUAGCCUUGUCCGAGGACGUGUUGUCCGAGGAGGGCGGUCCGCAGAACCGUCUGGAACCCCCUCGGCGUGUCGUCGGGCGGACCCCAAGGAGGACUCCUGCGCGGGAGACCCGAGACCACGCUGACACUUUGUGGUUGGAUGACUCUGAAGCGUGGGUGCACACGGACGGUGCCUCGAAGAGGUGGCGGCGGUCCCUAGCGCCAACAUCCAAACGGGGUGACGGCGGCGCAGGAUGCCGCCUGGAGAAGCGUCAGCUACGCGUCCGCGACCUGGGCCUGGGCUACGACUCGGACGAGACGGUGGUCUUCAAGUUCUGCGCCGGCUCGUGCCGCGCCGCCCGCAGGAACUACGACCUGGCGCUGGGAGCUCUGGUGGCCCGGGGAGACGUCUCACCCCGGCGGGUUAGCCGCCGCCCGUGUUGCCGUCCCACCCGCUACGACGCCGUGUCCUUCAUGGACAUGCACGCUACCUGGAGGACUGUCCGCUGGCUCUCCGCCGGCGACUGCGGUUGCGUGGGAUGAACACGCAGUGGCGAAGAAGUAUCUUGCAAGACGGGGGCGAAGCCUUUUCGUCACCCUAACCUCAACAACACCCCCGUCAACAAGGCGUCUAGCAGAAGCUAACAGAAGCUAGCGGAAAUUAGCUAGUUGGCUAUUGAUUUUUUAGCACAUGAACUGAGCAGAAAUGUCUGAGAGAUGUUUACGUAACAACCAUGUGCGUUAUCUUUGGCGCUUUAUUGUGACGUGCUUAGGAGUAUCGUUAGCGCUUUGAUAUGAAGUAUGGCCAGACACGCCCCGCUUCUGGAAAUGAGGGGAGUCACCGCUAAUUCCUCACUGUCACGUGGUCGAUAGCUAACCCUAUUCGUACCCUAAACUCAACCAUGCUCCUGUCAAAGAGUUGUCUAGCGGGAGCUAGCAGAAGCUAAGUGGUUGGCUAAUGAGGUUUUAGCACAUGAACUGAGCGGAAGUUGGGAAAGUGCAAAUCUGGGAGAUGUUCACGUAACAACCAAUGUGUGUCACCUGUGGCGUUUUGUUGUGACGUGUUUAGGAGUAUCGUUAGCGCUUUGUCGUAAAAUAUGGAAUAUACACGCCCCCAUCUGGAAAUGAGGGUGUCACUGUUAUUGCGCCGCUGGCACAUGAUCGAUUGAUAACACUGGUUGUAACCCCAAAACAUCAACCAUGCCACCGUCAACGAACCGUCUAGCGGAAGCUAGUAGAAGCUAGCGGAAGCAAGCUAGUUGUUCAAUGAUUUUCAAACAGGAGAACUUAGUGGAAAAUUGUAAAUUAAGGAGUUGUUUAUGUAACAACCUAUUAGCGCUUUGUUGACUUGUUUUAGGAGCAUUGUUAGCGCUUUUUGCUAUGUAUAGCCAGACCUGACCCUUUUUCAAGACGCACCCCCACCUGGAAGAAGGGCUACACUGGUCUUGCGUCACUGACAUGUGAUCUAAAGUUAACCCUGUUCGAACGCUAACCUCAACAAUGCUACGGUCAACAAGGCAUCUAGCGCAAUGUCACUAGUUGGCCAACAAUUUUUAGCAGAAGAACUUGGUGUAAAUUGGGAAAGUGCAAGUUUGGAGAUGCUUAGGAAUAUGUUUACUGAACAACUAGUUUUUCACUGAUACCGAUACGAGACAGAAACCCUUUACGUUUGUUUUUUUAGGUGCUAAAAAGAAGAUUUAGCGUAAAACUUUCUAUGGCUGGCCAACUUAUUAGGAAGUGCGCGUCCGAAGAUUUUUCUCCCAGUUAACUGGAUAAAAAAAUAAAAAUGACUGCACUAAUGUUAUUUUACGUGGAGAAAGCGAUGUCUAUCUUUUUAGCACUGCGCUAGCUCGCUAGCACAUGUCAAAAGAAUGCUCACAUGGCAAAAAGAGAAUAGCGAGGAUAGCAUGCUAGCAGGUCAUAUUGGGUGUGACAUCUUCUUUUUGGAGUUUUUUUUUUUUGUCGGUCAGAGCUUUUUAGGACUGCGUUAGCCAGCUAGCACAUGUUGACAGAACGCUCAAACGGGAAAAUGAGAAUUGUGAGUCUAUGUAAAGCAUGCUAGCAGGUCUUAUUGGGUGUGACAGCUUCUUUUUGGAGAUUUUUUAGUGGGUUAGAGCUUUUUAGCGCUGCACUAGCCAGCUAGAACAUGUUGACAGAAUGCUCACACAGCAAAAAGGGAAUAGCGAGCCUAUGGAUAGCAUGCUAGCAGCUCAUUCUGGGUGUGACAUUAUUUUCUUUUUGGAGAUUUUUUUUUGGCGAGCAGGUACUUUUUAGCACUGCGCUACUCAGCUGGUACAUGUUGACAGAACGCUCACACGGCAACAAGAGAAUAGCGCGCCUUUGCCUAGCAUGCUAGCAGCUUAUUCUGGGUGUGACAUAAUCUUUUUGGAUAUUUUUUUUUUGCAUGCAGGAGCUUUUUAGCACUGCGCUACCCAGCUAGCACAUGUUGACAGAACGUUCACCUGGCAACAAGAGAAUAGCGUGCCUAUGGAUAGCAUGGUAACAGCUCAUUCUGAGUGUGACGUCAUGUUUUUGGAAAAUUUUUUAGUGGGCCGGAACUUUUUAGCACUGCGCUAGCCAGCUAGCACAUGUUGACGGAACGCUCACACGGCAACAAGAGAAUAGCGCGCCUUUGCCUAGCAUGCUAGCAGCUUAUUCUGAGCGUGACAAUCUUUUUGGACAUUUUUUUAGCGUGCAGGAGGUUUUUAGCACUGCGCUACCCAGCUAGCACAUGUUGACGGAACACUCACAUCGGAACAAGAGACUAGCGUUCCUAUGGAUAUUAUGCUAGCAGCUCAUUCUGGGUGUGACAUCCUGUUUUUGGAGUUUUGUUUUUUUAGUGUGCAGGAGGUUUUUAGCACUGCACUUCACAGCUAGCACAUGUUGACAGGACGCUCACAUGGCAACAAGAGAAUAGCGCGCCUUUGUCUAGCAUGCUAGCAGAUUAUUCUGGGUGUGACAUCAUCUUUUUGGAGAUUAUUUUAGUGUGCGGUAGCUUUAUAGCGUUGUGCUAACCUGCAAGCGCAUAUUGACAGAACGCUCACACGACAACAAGACAAUAGCACGCCUAUGGAUAGCAUGCUAGCAGCUCAUUGUGGGUGUGACAUCAUCUUCUUUUUGGAGAUUUUUUGUGGGUGGAGCCAAGGCAGCUGAAAAACAAAGACAAAUUAGCAUCUCAUUUCAUUAUUAAGCCUUUUCUGUCAGUUUUUGGUUGGAUUUGUGUCCAAAAUAUGCUCUGCAAUCAUUUUAAAGUCACUUUUUGUAGAAUUUCAUAGUGGCAUCAAGCAAAAAAACAACAUUGAAGACCAAAAACACUUAACAUACUCGAAUCCUGACAGCAGUAAAACAUUAGCACUAAGGUCAAGGCAAACAUCUCAAUGCCAAUGACACUACAGUAGCCUUGUUUACACGACGGCACGCUGUUACGGGAUGCCAAGACGAAUAUAGACGCGAACCGAGCGCUCCACAAAGAGAGUCUUUUCAACACGCUCUUUAGUUUUGGACGCGUUAGCGUUAACUCAUUGCCUGCCGUUGACAAGGAUAGACGUCCAAUUUAUUUAAGCUCGGGGUGGACGAAUGAACAAAUGUUACAUUUAACAAAUAUACAUCAAAUGCCUGUACUGUACCUUUUAAGGGGCAACCAAAACAAGCCACAGGACAUUUGUUUGUUCCUAUUUUCAUUUAGUUAAGAUCUGAUGAUCAUGUCAUUGCAUCUACGUUGGUUAAAUCGCUCAAAAAUAGAGCAAACACAUCAUCUUUUGAACAUUUUUUGGUGUGUUUUUUGUGAAAUGUGUGGGAAAAUUGUGUUUUUGGUCUGGUUUAUUUCAAAGCAAAUUGUUUUUGUGACCGACGGUGUUGGUUUACAGA